AUGUCUUCUCCGGCGAAGCCGACCCUGUUUCCCGGCAUUUCCGCCACUGAGACCAGGCUUUUGGUCCUGGCCAAUGUCUGCCUGAAGAAUGAUAAGAUCGACUACGACAAGCUUGCUUCGAAUGCUGGCCUCAAGGCCUCGUCUGCUCAUACGCUCUUUCGCAAUGCGAAGCGCAAGCUAGACAAGCUGUACGCCGAUGACAAUGCUAAUGCGGAUGGUGCCAGUGCCACCAUGUCGCCCGAGGAUACUUCUUCCAAGCGCGGAAAGGCCAAUACGAAGGCGCCUCGCACUCUCAAGUCUCCCAAGACCCCCAAGUCGGCCAAGGCCACCAAGGACGAUAAGGCCGCUAUUAAGUCCGAGGGAACCGACGACCAGGAUGUCUCCGUCAAGCUCGAGUUUAGUCCUCUCUCUGCUGAUUUCGAUUUCGCCGCCAACCUCGCUGAGGAUACUACCCGCAAGGCUGCUGUUGCCGCCGCUGAGCCUGUCACUGAAACCGCUGCUGCUGAGUCUCUCACUGAGCCCGCCACUACCGCUGAUGCAAUCAAGCUUCAGACCGAGAAAGAGCAGGCAAACGUCAAGGCCGAUGAGGACAUCAACGCCGAGCUUGAACUGGCUGUGAACCUGCAACUUCCUGAGUCCCCACUGUCCGCUGACGACGACGGCGCCUACAAGCAGGAAAAGGCCCAGGAGAACGACCAGCACAAGAAUUAA